AUGUCUCAUGCUGCCCUCGUCGACUCGUUAUGGUGGUUCAACUACCGCCUGAGCUGCCUUACGAUCUGGCUAGUAUGGAUACACCAUGAGAGGGAUAGCUAUGUGGCUUUGCUGGGGCUCUUUACGCUCCUCAGUACGGCGGCCAGUAUCGCUCAGCAAAUACACACCAUUGUGGAUUGGCGAAACAUCAAAAUCGAGCAGUAUCGACAUACCGUUCAGAAGUUGGGGGACGCCGAGAUCGCCAUUGCGGGACAGUCGACCGGACUGGAUCUCGUCCUCUUCUACAUACAGUACUACUCUUACAAUGUCGAGGCCAUGUUGACAUGCUGCUGGGCGGGUGCACUCACACACUCUGUGUUCCGAUUCACCGAUCUUGCAAAGUUCAAGAAUCUCAGGCGCAAAACCAACCUGGUAGCAAAGGCUACGUCAGUGCUCCUGCCAGUACUCCUCAUCAGUCUACUACGACUUGAAGCGGUCAAAAACUCGCUCGCGGCCUUUUUGCUACUGGCCAAUAUUGCUAUUGUCGUCAGCCUCACAGGUGGCAGUUUGCUCCUGCUGACUCUCCUGGUCAAAUACAUACAGACUCGAAGACUUCUCGUCUCGUGGAACGCCCACUGCGACAGCUCCAGAAGCUCUCAAGACGAGAUUCGAGAUCGAGAUCAAGAGGCGAUACCGUCGAUACGCACGCUGGAACGGGAGCAUUACAGGAGUAUCUAUGACAAAUGGCUCGUAAUACGCUUCACGAUCGCUUUCGUCCUACUGGGGGGCUUUCAGAUUAUCACUAUCACUUCCGAAGUCCUGCAACUCCAUAACAACACGAGGGAGACCUUGGGGGACGCUCCGAAUCUGUCGCCGGACGCGGCGAAGGUUGACUUCCUGCUUUUCAUGCCUGGUGUCUCGACCAGCUUACUCGUAUUCAUAGUCUUUGGGACCACACCCACCUUCACAAACUCUUUGUACAAUACCUUCAUACCGAAACGAUUCCGACGGAAAACACCAGACCCCGAGGCGCAGCUCUGCAUAAUGAUGCCCCUGAGUCCGAUAGCCAGUACUACCAUCCCAGACCCAGUCCACUUCAGCGUGCAUAGGGCCCCGACGAUCGGGUCAAAGGAUACCAGCAUGGAAACCAAGACCAGCGUGAAGAGCGGACAGUCAGUGUCGUCACAGCGGCGCGGAUCCGGGGGCUCGGGAUUUGCUAUCGUGUAG